AUUUCUAUAAUGAAGUGAAUACAGCAAAUUUAACUUAUUCUGAGAAAAUCCUGAUGACUAGUGAAGUUUGAAUGACCGGAUUGAGCUAGCAUGUUAGCUUGAACUCUGCAGUGCUUCAGGAUCUACUGAUUUAGCUCUUUUCAUGCAAUGAUUUAACUUCAGGGAACACUUCUAGCAACAUGUCUUUCAGAGGAGGUGGACGAGGUGGUGGUGGUGGUGGUGGACGUGGUGGUGGAGGAUUCAACCGAGGUCGAGGAGGUGGUGGAGGAUAUGGAGGAGGCAGAGGAGGUGGUGGAGGAUAUGGAGGAGGCAGGGGUGGCGGAGGAGGGAGAGGAGGUGGAGGAUUUGGACGAGGUGGAGGCAGAGGUGGCUGGCAAGACUAUGGUCCUCCAGAACAUGUUGUUGCACUGGGAGAGUUCGUACAUCCAUGUGAAGAUGACAUUGUGUGUAAGUGCACAACAGAGGAAAACAAAGUCCCCUACUUCAAUGCCCCGGUUUAUUUGGAAAACAAGGAGCAGAUUGGGAAGGUGGAUGAGAUAUUCGGCCAGCUCCGAGACUUCUAUUUUUCAGUCAAACUUUCUGAUAAUAUGAAGGCGUCUUCUUUUAAGAAAAUGCAAAAGUUUUAUGUAGAUCCAAUGAAGCUCCUCCCACUGCAGAGAUUCCUUCCCAGGGCGCCCGGAGACAAGGGUCCACCAAGAGGUCGGGGUGGAGGAAGAGGUGGUCGUGGAGGCGGUUUCCGGGGUGGCAGAGGUGGUGGCGGGCGUGGAGGUGGAUUUGGAGGUCGAGGUGGAGGUGGAGGAUUUGGAGGCGGUCGAGGUGGACGUGGUGGAGGAGGCUUCAGAGGAGGUGGACGUGGAUUCAGAGGUGGGAGAUAAUCCGACACCAACGGUCAUCUGUGACGGUCUCAUCCUUGUCCUCUUUUCUACAAGCAAAAGGCCCAAGCCCGGGCUGUUGGACUCAGAAUAUGGACUAUGCCUCUUUUUGUAGGACUUGAACGGACUUUUAUUUUUGUACUACUUUGAAAUGCGUGCUAGAUCUUCAUGGCUUUAUUUAAAAGGUUAAUACGUAUGACUGUGAGCUUGCAGUCUGUAAAGGAGGAUCAUUGUUUUUCAUUGUAUACAGACAUGUCAUCUUUUGCUGAUUGCGUUUAAGUUUUAGACCAUGGCAUGUUUGUACCAGACCAAGAUUUGGAGUGACACAUUCACAAACCUCCAUGUGUUAAGUUCCUCAGAUUGAACAAUGUAUUGGAAAUUAUUCUUUGUAUGCUGUUAUUUGAGAACAUUUUAAUAUCCAUCCUUUGUAAGAUCUUAUGCAGAAUAUUGUAAAUGUUUGAGUUUAAAGCCUUGAUUAAAAGGUUCUUUGUAACUA